AUGUCAUCACUUGGCCUCUGGUGCACAUCGAUUUCUCUCUCUACAACUCUCUCACUCCUAUCCCCAAUUUCUAGGUACCCUCCAUCCUCCUCUCUCUCUCCUCCACCCACUCUCUCGCUCUACACUCCCUCCAUAUCUAUCACCACCUCCUCCUCCUUCUUCUCUCCCCACAGCCAAAACCUUAACCGCUGGCAUUCCCUUCCAUCAGACGGUGAUUUCUCCGGCGAAGAAAACCCUGACAAUGGAGAAUUUCACGGAAUUCAAGAUGUUGAGGAGUCUUUUGAGGUAGAAGAAACUAUCGACGAAAAUUUCGAUGUUGAAGCCUUUGAAAAGGAAGCCAAAGAUGCCGCUCAAGAUUAUAUUAUUUCUUUAUCUCGAGAAUUGGCAGUUGAAGAUGAAACAAGUGGUCGAAAGGAAACACGUGGAAAGCAGAAGAGGCGUAAAAGUUUUACUAAAAAUAUCUCUGAUCAUCUUCUUCCGAAGGUUGCAAUUGUUGGAAGGCCAAAUGUUGGUAAAUCAGCACUUUUUAAUCGCCUUGUUGGGGGGAAUAGGGCCAUUGUGGUUGAUGAACCUGGGGUUACCAGAGAUCGCUUAUAUGGUAGAUCCUUCUGGGGAGACAAUGAAUUUAUGGUAGUAGAUACCGGAGGAGUUCUUACAAUUUCAAAGUCACAGGUUGAUGUCGUGGAAGAAUUGGCAAUAUCAACAACCAUUGGCAUGGAGGGGAUUCCACUUGCAUCCAGAGAGGCUGCUGCUGCCAGGAUGCCAUCAAUGAUUGAAAGACAAGCUACUGUAGCUGUAGAAGAGUCAUCAGUAAUCAUAUUCCUUGUGGAUGGCCAGGUUGGGAUGGGGAGUGGCAGGGGUGGGGAAGCUGACCUGGUUGGGUUGCGGUUUGGGUUUACAGCUGCAUUGAAUGAGUACAGCUAA